CUCAUUAUUCUCUCUCUGACUACCUGACGCAGCUGAAGCAGCGAGGAGGAAACCCGCCACCACCAGCAUCCUCUGCUGCACCAUGGAGGCGGCCACACCAACAAAGCCAUGGACAGCAUAUAUAUUAGGGCAUAGCUCACUAAUUCCCAUUUUGACGAUAAUUUUAAGCCAAGUCUGUCGGAUAAGAGCAGAUGACAGCGGCAUGGAGGAACUUGCCACGGAGAAAGAGGCAGAGGAAAGUCACAGGCAGGACAGCGUGAAUUUACUCACAUUCAUUUUGCUUUUGACACUCACAAUCCUCACGAUAUGGCUCUUCAAACACAGAAGAGUGCGCUUCCUUCACGAGACCGGGCUCGCGAUGAUAUACGGUCUUUUGGUGGGUGUUAUUUUGCGGUAUGGCAUCCCCUCCACCAGCUACCAUAAUAAAACUCCACCAAGCUGCUCGCUGAAGGAGGGACCCGUCAGCACGCUGCUUCUCAACGUUAGCGGAAAGUUUUUCGAGUACACGCUGAAAGGCGAGAUCAACUCCAGAGAGAUCCACAAUGUGGAGCAAGAUGACAUGUUACGUAAGGUGACCUUUGACCCAGAGGUGUUCUUCAACAUCCUGCUACCUCCCAUCAUAUUUCACGCUGGAUACAGCCUCAAAAAGAGACAUUUCUUCAGAAACCUGGGGUCCAUAAUAACUUAUGCUUUUCUGGGCACUGCCAUUUCCUGUUUUGUCAUUGGAAACCUCAUGUAUGGUGUGGUGAAACUGAUGCAGGUUUUGGGUCAACUCACCGACAAGUUUUACUACACAGACUGCCUCUUCUUUGGUGCCAUCAUAUCUGCCACAGAUCCAGUCACAGUGCUUGCAAUCUUUAAUGAGCUUCAUGUCGACGGUGAUCUUUAUGCACUGCUGUUUGGAGAGAGUGUAAUGAACGAUGCAGUCUCCAUCGUCCUGUCAUCGUCCAUUGUGGCGUAUCAGCCAACAGGAGGAAACUCACACACUUUUGACGCUUCAGCCUUCUUCAAAUCAGUGGGGAUCUUUCUGGGGAUCUUCAGUGGCUCAUUUCUUAUGGGUGCAGCUACUGGAGUGGUCACUGCCCUCGUGACAAAAUUCACCAAGCUGCACUAUUUUCCUCUGCUGGAGACGGCUCUGUUCUUCCUCAUGUCCUGGAGCACGUUUCUACUGGCUGAAGCUUGUGGAUUUACAGGUGUUGUGUCAGUGCUGUUUUGUGGAAUCACACAGGCUCAUUAUACUUACAACAAUCUCUCAGAGGAAUCGACCAAACGCACCAAACAGUUGUUUGAGGUCCUGCACUUCCUGGCUGAGAACUUCAUCUUCUCAUACAUGGGCCUGGCGCUCUUCACCUUCCAGAAUCACGUCUUCAGUCCUAUUUUCAUAGUCGGGGCCUUUAUAGCCAUCUUUAUAGGUCGGGCCUUAAACAUCUACCCCCUGUCCUUCCUGAUCAAUCUGGGCCGAAGACACAAAAUCGGUGGACCCUUUCAGCACAUGAUGAUGUUUGCGGGGCUCAGAGGGGCGAUGGCGUUCGCAUUGGCGAUUCGCGACACCGCCACAUACGCUCGGCAGAUGAUGUUCACUACGACCCUGCUUAUUGUGUUCUUCACGGUUUGGGUAUUUGGUGGAGGCACAACGCCAAUGCUGUCCUGGCUGCAUAUAAGAGUGGGAGAGUCUUCGACAGCAGAGACGGAGAGGCUACAUAGACUACGGCGUUACAUCAGAGUCGGAGUUGACCCAGAUCAGGAUCUUCAGCCAUGUGGAGACAGUUUCCAGGUCCUGCAGGGUGACGGAAGCCAGUCUGAAGGGCAGAGCAAGACGAAGCAGGAGAGUGCUUGGCUCUUUAGACUUUGGUACACUUUUGACCACAAUUACCUGAAACCUAUCCUGACCCACAGUGGCCCUCCACUGACCUCCACUUUGCCGGCCUGCUGUGGUCCGCUGGCUCGCUGUCUGACCAGCCCCCAGGCUUAUGAGAGCCACGAGCAGCUUCGAGACAACGAUUCCGACCUUAUCCUGAACGAAGGAGACCUGACGCUGACGUACGGCGACACGGCCAUCACCGCCAACGGAGCCUCGUCUUCAUCGGGCCCCGAGGGAUCGGCCGGCGGCUGGGGCGUCAACGGCAAACGCAGCGACAGCACGUCGGAGGACGCUCUGGAGCGAGAACUGGACACGCGCGAACAAGAGCUCUUGAGCCGCGGCACUCGUCUCGUUUUCCCCAUCGAGGACCACGCUUGACUCCGCCCCGUCACCACUCAUUACGACCUCAGGCCAUGCCUCUCUCUCUCUCCGUGCUCCAUGCCUUCACUUUCAUAGCACAUCACCCCAUUCGACCCCUACUGGACCCUUCAAAUAUCUCAUGAAGGGGGGCUUAAAAUGUGAAGGAAUAUAUGGAGAGGGAAAAUGCGAGAAAUGCAGAGGUAGUCAGAUCAUCCUCAAACAGAUGGAGUAAGACUUUUGAUUCUGUAUAUCCCUGUAUUAAUGUGAGAGAAAUGUGAAACUCCUGUUAAGAAUGCAUAAUGACGGAUCUGGCUAUUGAAUGAUAUAAGUGCUGUCAUGUUUGAUAAUGGAUGGAUGCAGAAGAGUAGCCGUGUGUUUCCCUUCUGCACUUCCAUACAGUCACGUACAUGCACUUCUUGUCAAUCAUUCUUUGUUUUCUACAAAUUCAGAUGGACGAAGCUGGAAAAUUACAGAGAAACGCACAAAGCUGGAAUUACUAAAAGAAACAAGUCACUGUUUUGAUAUACAAAUACCGAACAGACAACCCAGUAUUAUAUCGGAUCUUCUUCAGGUCAUUUGCAUUUACAGUAAACAUCUAAUCAUUUCCAUCAGGCCUUGUAAAUACUCACAGCUGUACAUCACAAGUCUUUGUGAAAGCCCAGCAACAUUAUUUGACAAGUUUGCAUGAUACCUACGCCAAUUCUUUCCUGCAGCAUCGCCCUUUAAUUUAACAUGCAAAGUAGCUGCGAAUGCAUGAGUCUGACCCAUGCAUUUUAGCUGCAUCAAAUUUAAAAAGAGUGUUACCUAUAAAACACUUCCUAAAACCAGAACAGACCCCAUUCUGCAGUAGAUGCACUUGUGGCGUUCCCUUUGCGCCUCUACAAAAAAUAUAUAGAGAGAAUUUAUAAGGGUGGAUGGUCUCUUUAUGAGCCACUACUACAGUAUGUGACAACCAGCUCUCCAAAAUUUAGGAAGGUGAAGUGACAGCAUGAGAUUGACAGAAUGCAGUGGGCUAUGGAGGACC